AUGUUGGUGCCAGCGGACAUGCUAGCUGCCCAGAGUAAAGUUCUUUACCAGCUGAACAAAUACUACGGAGAAAGAGUGCAAGUGAGGAAAACUCAAAUCGCAAAGACUGUAAGGGAAGUGUGUAAGGUUAUCCAGGAUGUGCUCAGGGAGGUCGAAGUACAAGAACCGAGGUUUAUAUCGUCACUCACAGAAUGCAACGGCAGGUUCGAAGGACUGGACGUCAUAUCUCCGAACGAAUUCGAAGUAGUCCUCUAUCUGAACCAAAUGGGAGUCUUCAAUUUCGUCGACGACGGUUCCCUACCAGGCUGUGCUGUCCUCAAACUGAGUGACGGAAGAAAGAGGAGCAUGUCUCUUUGGGUCGAGUUCAUCACUGCCUCCGGAUACCUUUCGGCGAGAAAGAUCAGAUCACGAUUCCAGACGCUAGUUGCACAAGCAUGUGACAAAUGUGCCUACAGGGACUCAGUGAAAAUGAUAGCCGAUACGAGUGAGGUGAAGUUGAGGAUACGAGAACGUUACGUUGUUCAGAUAACACCAUCAUUCAAGUGUUCGGGGGUGUGGCCAAGAUCAGCAGCACACUGGCCACUGCCGCACAUACCCUGGCCUCAUCCUAACCUAGUGGCCGAGGUGAAGACUGAAGGAUUCGACCUCCUGAGCAAGGAAUGUGCCGCCAUGCAGGGAAAGCAAUCGGCGAUGGAAGGUGACGCUUGGGUCAUGUCAUUCACUGAGGUAGAAUCGCGCCUCUUGGCAGGCGGUUGCCGGCGGCGAUGCCUCAGCCUCCUCAAGACCUUGAGGGAUAGACACCUCGAACUCCCCGGAAACCCAGUGACCGGCUACCACCUCAAGACCCUCCUGCUCUAUGAGUGCGAGAAGCACCCCCGAGAAAUAGAGUGGGAAGAGUCUUGCUUAGGCGACAGGAUGAGCGGGAUCUUGAUGCAGUUGAUAUCCUGCCUGCAGUGUCGGCGAUGCCCCCACUACUUCCUGCCGCACUUGGACCUCUUCAAGGGCAAGUCACCGACGGCCCUCGAGAACGCGGCCAAGCACGUUUGGCGCCUCACCAGGGAACUCCUCACCAACUCUAGGGCUCUCGACAAACUUUGA